CUGCCUUCCCCGCAAUCGCAGCACCUCAUAACGCAGGGCAGUCCAAUUCCCCCCUCCAACCGCCAGCAGCACAAUGUCCACCACCUACGUACUACCACCCCUGCAAGCUCCGUUGGCUACCGGGUGCUCUCACCGGAUUCGCAGAGUUCUGAAAGCUCCCGAGCGCCCGAUCGCUCUUCGAAGAGAAUAUAUCACCGAAGCUAAAUCCCUCCUCACCUUUCGACCCCAGGGGGACCCGAAGUCUGCCAUUGGUUAUAGUAUCCAAGACGAUGACGGUAUAGUCCUAUUCACAGCCUCCGGUCGGAAAUUCAACGAUCGCCCUUGCCGGGAAUUCAGAGAUGCCUCGGGGCUCCCUUUAUUCGAGAUCUACCGAAAGUCGUUUAGGAACUCCUGGUCGAUCUCGCUGCCGGGGAGUAGUAGUGCGAAGAUAGCCACCGUUAGUCCGCGGCGAACGUCUGGUAUGUCUGGUUGGGGGAAUUUCACCAUCACAUUCGAUAACGCAGCGGCCUUCGAAUCCAAGCGUAAGGAGGAUAAGGAACUCUCCCUAGAGGUCCAGAGCCGUGGGAAUGUUUUAGCAUUAUAUGAUAUUGUGGAUGGUGAUAGGAAGGUAGCAGAAGUGCGCGAGAGUAUACAGCACAACGAGAAGCUUGCCUUGAUGAAGCGCUUUCCUAGUUCUAAGCAUGGCUACCGACCAGUCCUGGAUAUCAUUAUAACUGCGCACGUCGAUCAAUCACUAAUUGCGGCUGUUGCAGUUAUUAUAUCCGACACGGUUUUCUCUGCGAAUGUUUGAUCAAUGACUUUAUGACAACGGGAAUUGGAAACAAGAAUAACUCUGUGGAACUUCCUCCUUAAUAUAUGGGUGCUACUCCCUUAAGGAGUCCGAAGAACCGUGCGUGCAAGGCGGCUACACCACCGGCUAUUGGCUCAACGCCUACACCUGCCCAACCUGGCGGGACUCAUUAACCGUGACGACCUGGAUUUCCUGAUGAUUUCUCGUAUCUACUACUAUAUAAGUACGUUGGUUAGCUCCGUCUGUAACUUUCCUAUCAUUUGCCUACACGAAUGAGAGUUACUGCGUGAGAUGAAUGUAAAUAGUUAGCUCACUGAACGAAUGAUGACUGAUAUGACCAGCAUGCUGCUCAAGGCUUUUGUUUUCUCUAUUUUUAUAUGAACUAUAGGGUCAUGCUUACUCAGGCUAACCAGUAUAUAGGGCACCUGGAAAUUUCAAAGAACGUCGUGAAGCCAAGAUACUAUGUUAUAUCUCUUCAUCUGGGAAGUUUACUAAACAAGAGACGUGUAGUCAUG